UCAUUUCAUCACCAGUCGGUUCAGUUUGUACAAAGCGUGUAGUGUUUCCAGCGGGGCCCCUCCUCUGCUGCAGCUCUGGAUUGGCCCUUCGUGUCUUCACCACCUCCACUCCAGUUCCGCGUUACAGAGAAUAAAAAGUCCCGCAGCACUUCCUCCUGCUUUUACUCUCAGGCUGCGGGAGACCAUCUGCCACCAUGUCCGACCAAGGAGUCUUCGAUACCAACGUGGUCACCGUGACCCGGUUCGUCAUGGAGCAGGGCCGGAAGGCGAAAGGCACCGGGGAGCUGACGACGCUGCUGAGCUCGCUGUGCACGGCGGUGAAGGCCAUCUCCAGCGCCGUGCGUAAAGCUGGGAUCGCGCAUCUUUACGGCAUCGCUGGCAGCACCAAUGUGACAGGUGACCAGGUGAAGAAGCUGGACAUCCUGUCCAAUGAUCUGGUCAUCAACAUGAUCAAGUCGUCUUUUACCUCCUGUGUGCUGGUGUCUGAAGAGAACGAGAAAGCCAUUAUUAUAGAGCCAGAAAUUAGGGGCAAGUACAUCGUGUGCUUCGAUCCUUUGGAUGGUUCCUCCAACAUCGACUGUCUCGUCUCCAUCGGAACAAUCUUUUCCAUCUACAAAAAGGUGACAGAUGAUGAGCCCUGUGAGAAGGACGCUCUGCAGCCCGGCACGGCCCUUGUGGCGGCGGGCUACGCCCUCUACGGCAGCGCCACCAUGAUGGUGAUCUCCACCGGUCAGGGAGUCAACGGCUUCAUGCUCGACCCAGCCCUCGGCGAGUUCAUCCUGGUCGAUCGGGACAUAAAGAUCAAAGAGCGAGGCAAGAUUUACAGCCUGAAUGAAGGUUAUGCAAAGUACUUUGACCCCGCAGUCACAGAAUACCUGCAGAAGAAGAAGUUUCCUCAGGACGGCACUGAGCCCUACAACGCCCGUUAUAUUGGCUCCAUGGUGGCAGACGUCCACCGAACGCUGAUGUACGGAGGCAUCUUUUUAUACCCAGGAAAUGCGAAGAACCCACAAGGAAAGCUGCGGCUGCUGUACGAAGGAAACCCCAUGGCCUUCAUCAUGGAGCAGGCGGGCGGCAUGGCCUCCACCGGCUACCAGCGCAUUCUGGACAUCCAGCCCAAGAGCAUCCACGAGCGGUCUCCUGUGGCCAUGGGCUCCACAGAGGACGUCAAGGAGUACAUCGCCAUCUGCCAGAAACAUGCCAGCAAGAAGAAGUGAGACUACACGACUCAGUCACAACCAACACUGUGCGGAGAAAAACCUCGAACCUCCAAACUGGAAGUCUGUCGUGUUUUGGGCUGAAUGGAAAUGAAUAUUGUGGAGUUUGAAAAUGGGGUUUAAGCCCAAAUAUAAAAGGGGAUUUUAAAUAAGGGAGGUACAAGGUUUUAAAUGCCAUACAAGCAAUGUUCAUGUUCUAUUUAUAGAAAGCUGACAGAUAAUCAAAAGGAGGUGGUUCAGUGGAAACCAUAUAAGCUCAGUUACAAACGCACACAUUCCACAAAAAACUACCAAAGACCAGAAAAUGUGCCAAAAAAAUUGCACUUGAAUCGACUCCUGUUUACCUCCAGCUGUGCCUUAUGAAUCAGAGUGAAUAUUUAUUCUAGAUGUGUGAAGGACCAAAUGUAAACCUCUAUGCAGGAAAAGCUGAUGCCUUUUUUAUGAUGUGAACUGUUUGGAACAAUGAAGUCUCAAUAAAUCCAAAUGAGUCUUAAGAAGA